AGGAAAGGAGCCGAUGAAUGUAAUAAAGUGUCCGGUGUGCAUUUGUUCACGUGGAACCAGACGUUCCGUGCUGAAGAGCCGUUGUUCCACGGACCGAUAUGGGUGUGACACAAGGUGCAGCCUUGAAAACAGUCUAUAACGCCGCAACUAUGUGAUAAAAUGCGUAUUUGUGAAAUAAAGAAACGUGUACAUGUAGUUAACUAUUAGUACAACUUAGCUACAUGUAGUUAACUAUUAGUACAACUUAGCUACAUGUAGUUAACUAUUAGUACUACUCAGAUACAUGUAGCUGACCAUUAGUACCAGGUGGCUCAUUGGGAACACGCAGCCCAGGAAAGAUACACGUUGUUCACCUUGGCUUUUGCUCUCAGCCCCGCUGACUGCCCACAGCUCGGAGCAGAGGCAGCAUGUGAAGCCGAUUAACACAAAUAUCAGUACAGUGGGUUUUCACUAUUUCUCGCGUUUGAAAGCCGGGAAGGGAGACAAUGAGCGGCCAUAAAAUGCUGUUUUCCGGGCUGAAGCUGUGGACUUCGGGAAGAAGUCGAUGGAUGAGCCGACUUCCUGACGGUUGCAGCCCGAAGGUGUGCAUUGUCGGAAGCGGUCCAGCAGGUUUCUACACGGCACAGCAGUUGAUCAAGGCCCGUCAAGAUGUUGAGGUGGACAUCUAUGAGCGGCUGCCCGUCCCCUUCGGCCUGGUCCGGUUCGGGGUGGCCCCUGAUCACCCUGAAGUCAAGAACGUCAUCAACACGUUCACACAGACAGCCAGACAGUCGCGCUGUAGUUUCUACGGCAACGUGGACGUGGGGACGGACGUGAGCGUUGAGGAGCUGCGGCAAGCCUACCACGCAGUCGUACUGAGUUACGGGGCCGAGGGAAACAGGACUAUGGGGGUGCCGGGAGAAGACUUGGCCGGGGUGCACGCCGCCAAAGACUUUGUGGGCUGGUACAACGGGCUGCCCAGCUGUCGACAGCUGCGACCAGACCUGAGCAGUGAAACGGCGGUCAUUCUGGGACAAGGCAACGUGGCCUUGGAUGUGGCGAGAGUCCUGUUGUCGCCCCUCGACAUUCUAAAGAUGACUGAUAUCACCCAGCCGGCCCUGGAGGCGCUGGCGGAGAGCCAGGUCCGCAGGGUGCUGAUUGUUGGCAGGAGAGGACCCGUGCAGGUCGCUUGCACAGUCAAGGAGGUCAGAGAAAUGGUGAACCUGCCGAACGCCAGACCUGAGAUGGUGGGGGCCGAUUUUGAAGGCGUCGCAGAGGCUCUCAAAGAUUUGCCGAGGCCCAGGAAGCGGCUGACGGAGCUGAUGUUGAAGACGGCCCUAGAGGUCCCGGGAGAGAAGGAGCAGCAGAGGCGGAGCGAGGCCUCCCACGCCUGGGGCUUCCGAUUCUUCCGGAGCCCCGUCGAAAUCCUGGCCGACCCUGAACGCAGCAGGACAGCUGGGAUCCGACUGGCGGUCAACAGGCUGGAGGGCUCAGGGGAGGGAGCCCGGGCAGUGCUCACUGGAGAAGUGGAGGAUGUGACCUGUGGCCUGGUCAUUAGCAGCAUAGGCUACAAGAGCCUCCCCAUCGAUCCAUCGCUGCCGUUUGACUCCCGCAAAGCCAUCGUCCUGAACAACAUGGGCCGCGUUCAACGAGCCGCAGGUCUGUAUUGUAGUGGCUGGCUGAAAACAGGCCCCACCGGGGUGAUCGCCACCACUAUGAACAAUAGUUUUGACACCGCUCGAUCCUUGGUGGAGGACAUGGACUUGGGAACGUUGGACGUGUCUGUUGUGAAGCCCGGCUCGCAAAGCGUCGCCGCUCUGCUGGAAAAGAGAGGAGUGAAACCAGUCACUUUCUCAGACUGGGAGAAGAUUGACCGUGUGGAGCUGAGCAGGGGGGAAGCCGUUGGGAAACCCCGAGAAAAACUGCUGACUGUGGAGGAAAUGCUGCAGGUGGCUCGAAGUUAACUGUUCACGGGUGAACACAAUACGCUGUUCACAGGUGAACACUGCACUCUCGAGUGACCAUAUUUAUGGAGCUCAGUGACGGACCACAAUGGGCACAGACAGGAAAUGGCAUUAUGAAACACUCAAUAUGGACUUAAUUGAUUGUGUACACUUUAAAAGUGGGCAGGUGCUGUGUCGAUCUAAGGCGCUGAAAGACUGAGCUGUGGUUUCUUGUGGCACCAUUCUAAAACAAACAGCACUCUCUAAUGGAUGAUAUUGAUAAUGAGCAAUUGUGCAUUGUAUUAUACUGUACGCUAUGUAUGUUAAAGAUUAAAAACUAUGUGGUGGCUGAAACAUAUGUUUUGCACUCGCAUUUAAUAUACAGAUAUUUGAAUAUAUUUUCUACGAAAUAAAAUGUGACCUUUUA